CUAGAAGCCUACCUACAUCCUUGCCUCCACAGAGGCAUAAAGCGGCAGCCUGUCCUGGUAGGAGACAGUCACCCUCUCAACCCACACACCGAGUGAGCCCUGGACCCUCACCCCAGACAGAGCUGCAGGACAGGACCUAGCACCGCUCCCUGUGACAAUGACCAUGUUUGAAAAUGUCACCCGGACUCUGACUAAACAGCUAAACCCUCGAGGGGACCUGACACCCCUGGAGAGCCUCAUAGACUUCAAGCGCUUCCACCCCUUCUGCCUGGUGCUGAGGAAAAGGAAGAGCACGCUCUUCUGGGGUGCCCGGUACGUGCGCACAGACUACACCCUCCUGGAUGUGCUCGAACCCGGCAGCUCACCUUCAGAUCUGACAGACUCUGGGAAAUUUGCUUUUAAGAACAUGCUGGAUGCCCGAGUGGAGGGACAGGUGGAUGUGCCAAGGACAGUCAAGGUGACGGGGACCGCAGGGCUGUCUCGGAACAGCACCAUAGAGGUCCAGACGCUUAGUGUGGCUCCCAAGGCCCUGGAGACCUUGCACCGGGAGCGGAAGCUGGCAGCAGAGCAUCCAUUCCUGAAGGAGAUGCAUGAUCGAGGAGAGAACCUAUAUGUGGUGAUGGAGGUGGUGGAGACUGUGCACGAGGUCACUCUGGAGAGAGCCGGCAAGGCAGAGGGUGGCUUCUCCCUCCCGUUCUUUGCACCGUUGGGGCUACAGGGAUCCAUAAACCACAAGGAGGCUAUCACCAUCCCGAAGGGCUGCAUCCUGGCCUUUCGAGUGAGACAGCUGAUGGUCAAGGGCAAAAAUGAGUGGGAAAUUCCAUAUAUCUACAAUGACAACAUGCAAACCUUCCCUCCCGGAGAAAAGCCAGAAGAGGAGAAGUUCAUCUUUAUGAAGACAUCGGGUAUUGGGGAGGUGCACAAUGACUUCACGACACUGAAAGAAGAGAUUCAAAGAGAGACCCAAGAAGUGGAGAAGCUGAGCCGUGUGGGGAAAAGCUCCCUGCUCACCUCCCUCAGCAAACUCCUAGGGAAGAAAAAGGAGCUAGAAGACCUGGAGCUCACGCUCGAAGGGGCUCUAGACAAAGGACAUGAAGUGACACUGGAGGCACUCCCCAAAGAUGUCCUAUUAUCAAAGGAAGCUAUGGGUGCCAUUCUCUAUUUCCUUGGAGCCCUGACAGAGUUAAAUGAAGCCCAACAGAAGCUGCUGGUAAAAUCCAUGGAGAAAAAGAUCCUACCUGUGCAACUAAAGCUUGUGGAGAGCACAAUGGAACAGAAUUUUCUACAGGAUAAAGAGGGUGUUUUCCCCCUGCAACCUGACCUGCUCUCCUCUCUUGGGGAAGAGGACCUGAUCCUCACUGAGGCCCUCGUAGGGCUGAGUGGCUUGGAAGUGCAGAGAUCAGGCCCCCAGUACAUGUGGGACCCAGACACCCUUCCCCACCUCUGUGCCCUUUAUGCUGGCCUCUCCUUCCUGCAGUUGCUGACCAAGGAUUCCUAACUUGCCUUUUCCAUCUGCCUCCUGCUUCCCUAAUAACUUCCCUACCUCAUUAUGCUGUGUCCUUAACAUCCCAGGGCAUUUCAGAGCUACCAGGCUGAGGAUGAUGGAAAUCCUAGCUGAUCCGCCAAGAUAACCAAUUUCUACUUGUGCCUCUGUAUCUCCCGCCACCCCCUAAGCCUAUAUGCUGAUGCUUCAAUCCUCUGAAAGUAGAAACACUCAAACUUUUAAAACUAUGAAGCAUUUCAACAAAACCAAAAUCAAUUACUUUCCUGUCCCAAUACCUCCUGUUCAUGCUUCCAAAAAUCAAGCUUUACUGGAAUUAA